CUUUCCUUAAAAAAAAAAAACGAAUUUCUUUCUUUCUGUUUCCUCUGCAGCCUUACCCAACAGAAGAUGGAGAGGACAGCUCGGGCAUGAAGAGAUUACCCUUCAGUGACGAAGAGUUCGGUUCACCCCCAAAUAAGAUGGCGAGAGGAGAGGAACCAAAGAAAGUCCUGCUGUACGUGCGCAGGGAAACAGAGGAGGUGUUUGAUGCUCUCAUGCUGAAGAAUCCCACGCUGAAAGGCCUGGUGGAAGCUAUUUCAGAGAAGUAUGAAUUACCUUUGGAUAAGGUUGGGAAAGUCUACAAGAAGUGCAAGAAAGGGAUCCUAGUGCACAUGGAUGACAACAUCAUCCAACACUACUCCAACGAAGACACCUUCCAGAUCACCAUGGAGGAGAUGGGCGAAAUGUACAAACUCACCCUCACUGAGAUCUGAUUGGACGAUGCCAGCAAUAGAGGACCAAUGAAAUGGAGCUGUCAGAAGAAGUGGUUUACACAUCUUGCUACGCAGUGAUUAUGGACUUGAUCUGACACUUAAAUCAUGUUGUCUUUGUGCUGCAUUAAUGUUAAAAGUCAGGUAUUUAAAAAAAAACACAGCUCUUCAUGGAUCGCAAUGUUGAUUAGGUGUGUAAGUUAUACAUUUUUGAUUGAUUUUAAAAACCUUUCUCUGUGUAUACGACUCAACAAGUGAGUCCAGGUUUUAUUGUAUACACAUUUAUCUUGUAUUCAGUAAGUUGCACCUCACAGAUUUGUGCCUAAUUUUGUAAAUGUUUGUGCAGAGCAUUUGUGUGUGGCUGCUAUACCUCAUGCUAUGCAAGCAGCAGUGUUUCUUUUUAUGAAGAGAAACGACUCGUCUUUCCCUUCCUAAAGCCAUAGCACUGAUGAUUACAAUCCGUAAAGUUGGGUAUUUUGCGCACAAAAUGAAGACGGCAAAUUGUUGAUAGAGCCCCAGUGGUUCAGUGUAUUAAUACUAAACAACAUGGCAGUAUUCGUUGUGUAAAACUCUCUUCAACCGUCAUGCAAUUAGGGUAGAAUAUUGUAAAUGAUUGUGAUUAUUUUUUUAGUGUAGGAGACAUGUUUGUGAAUGAAAUUACUUAAAAGAUGAUUUUUCAUCAGGUCGAUAUAAAAAUGGCCCUCUAUGUGAGUAUUAAAUAGUCAUUAAAUACAUGAAUAACAAUGCUAAAAAGCAUCCCUGUAGAGUAGGUUUCUGAAUGUUGAUGAAAUAGGUCAAUCAAUGUGUAGUGCAGUCAGGCUGUUCUGGAAGUGCAAUAUGAUAUUAAGGGUCAGACACAUUCGCAAAGAGAAUCUCCUCUAUUGUCAAAAAGAAAUUCAUAUUAUCUGGUUUAAAAAAAAGGAAAUAUUUUUGUAUAUAGCCACUGAAAAAACUGAUCGAUAUGGUCUCUCCUUUUGUAUCUCAGUACUUAUUGUGUAUAUAUUUAUUAUUAAGAGAAUGGAUGUGGGUCCUUGUUUUUUUUUAUAUCCAAAUUUCUAUUAUACCUAUUAAUAUAAUGUUUAUUUGCUUUUUAUAUGAAGUUAUAUUAACAUUACAUGUCAAGGGACAAAAAGUUAUUAAGAUGUUUUUAAUUGUUGUUGUUUUUUGUAAAGGAUUUGAAGCACAAACCGCCCAAUAAAGGCUCUCCAGUAGCUUCUGUC